UUGAUGUCACCGGAAGUGACACGGUUCCAGAAUUUUUAUCAGUCGCGACAAAAUUUAGAACCGUUGGUGCUACCCGAACGCGGCCUGAGCCCUACAAUCAUGGGGAAGAAGAACAUCAUCCCUGAAGGAUGGCGCAAUCUGACACCCGUUGGAGACAGGAUUCCAGGAACACGGUUUAUCGCUUUUAAAGUGCCUCUGAGAGGGUUAACAAGCUUCCGCCUAACCCAGCAACAGAGAUUUACCCCAAAAGACUUAAUUAAUACAAUCAAGGAGAAAAAUGAAGAGCUUGGACUAAUAAUAGAUUUAACAAACACAGAUCGGUACUAUACAGUCAAGGAUUUACCUAAAAAUGUGCAGUAUGUGAAAAUGGCCACCGCUGGACACAAGAUACCAGAUGAUAGUUCAAUUCAUCACUUUAAAAAGCUUGUAAAAGGAUUUCUAUGGAACAAUGCUAGUAAUGAUAAACUCAUUGGUGUUCAUUGUACGACUGGCACUAACAGAACAGGAUACCUUAUAUGCAGGUAUUUGAUUGAUGUUGAUGGAUGGGAUCCAGGAAGUUCCAUGCAUGUCUUUGCACGGGCUCGUGGACACAGAAUAGAAGGAGUGGUAUAUACAACUGACCUUAUAAGAGGACCCAUAAGAAGCAAUCAUGGUAUAAACCGCAUUCCAGGUGAAACAGCCAAAGAAUACGGCAUUCGGCUUGCGCUUGAAGAACAGCUAAGGAAUAACAGUGACUUGAAAGAAGAUAAAAACCUGACUAUUCAAGACAACAGUAGUGAUGAUGAGGAGGAUGGAGAUGUUGAUUUUCGUAUAGGUGUCACAGACUUUCAAAAGGAUUUGUCUGGAAACAGAGAGAGCAUUCCAAAUGAAUAUAACAAAAGCGAUCUUCCACUGAGAGAUUAUCAUGAAAUUCCCAACAAUUCUGGUCUUAGAGAAAAGCGAUUUGACGACCAAUUAUAUUCUCCUGAAGUUAAUAGAAUGAAAUUUUUAAAUGACACUCUACCUUAUGAUGCUCAAUCAGAAAAUCUGGAUUAUGAUCUUCGUCUAGAAAGACUAGAACGCCCUGGUUUUCCUCCUAGAGUGUGUGAACCUAUGAUCAGGGAAAAUCGGCCUUACAAUGAAUUUAAGCCUCAUGAAAUGCAACCGCUCUUCUCAGAUAGGCACCUUAAUAAUGAGCCAAAUUUUCCAGAACGACACAUGCCUUUUUGCGAUAUUGGCCCAAGGCCCAGAUUACAUGGAGAUUAUCCUAAUGAAUUUUCUCAAGAACCAAUGAUUCAUAUGGCUAAACGUGAAGAAAUGAUGUCAAGAAGAGACAUUCAUCCUUUUGAACGUAGACCUUUUCCUUCUAGAGAGCCUGAAUUUCUUUCAGAACCUUGUCCUCCUCCUCGCCUUAUGGAAGGCCCCUUCAAUCAAAGAAUCCUCUUAGAUGAUGCUGUUCUAAUGCACAAAUCCAGGAUGAUGCAGAGACCAAUGCACGAGGACCCUAGAAACAUGGUUGAAAGAAGGCUUUUUGAGGAACGAAGAAUUAUACCUUCUAAAGUAUCUAUUAGAGGACCGAAUAGAUCUGCACCAUAUGAUCCUACUACGAGAGCACUUCAACAAUUCUUAGAACAGAACGCGAGACCUCCAUUACAUGUGAAACAAAUGCCUCGCUUACCAGUUCCUCCUGUUGAUUAUAACUUUAAUAUGCCAACUAGAUUUAAUUGAAUUUAAAGUUUAGAUUGUUUAGUCACUUUUAAGAGACCCUAAGUUUUCAUGUUAAUGUUUAAUUCAUCUUUAGAAUAUUUGAAGAAUGAUUGAAUAUAAUUGAUUUUUUUUUAAUAAUCUAUUUUGUUUGAUUUCUGUUCGUGGUAGUUUUUUAAUCUGUUGUCAUACAUUUAUAUUACUUUAAAACCUAAAUAAACCAAAAUUGCAAAUUAAAUUCCAAACAAAA